CAUUAGUAAAUGCAUUUUCACCGGUUGCUAGUGCGUUACCAUUCAGCACUCCAGAAUCAAGAACCAUUCACUUUGUUUUAAUGAAAACGGGCCUGAGAGCGAGAUAAGGAGAUUUCAGAAGUUCCUGGACGUCCACGUACGCCAACCCGAGCAGAACGCGGAGAUAAGCCACGGGUACGGGGACGGGUUCAUGGUAAACUUUUCACACCCGUUUGGUUGAUGAUACCCGGCUUCAUAUACCAGAUCCGUUCACAGCCGGCCGCUCGGAAUUCCGUGCAGAAUUGAUCAUGGACAACAAAGGCAAGGACGUUGAUUCUUCAGGUAUGGCAGUCAACCACAAUGGCAACGAAAUUAAGGAAGAAUUCGCCAUGGAGAAACAAGUUGACCACAAGAAACCCAGCAAGGUGUAUCUGGUACUUCUGAUCAUACUGGCUUUGGUAGCUAUCGCUGUGAUCAUACCUCUAGUUGUGAUCGCUUUGGAGAAAAAUGAGCUGGCGAAGGAGGUGGAGGAAUUGAAGUCGGCCGAACAAUCCAAAUCCAAGACAUGCACCUCGAAACAGUGCAUCAAGUCAGCCGCCAUCUAUCUCGACAAUAUGGACCAAGACGUCGAGCCUUGUGACAACUUCUACGACUACGCAUGCGGGGGCUGGCCGAAGAGAAACGUCAUCCCGGAGGACAAGUCAAGGCUCGGAGCCUUCACACUGCUAGACGAGGAGGUGGAUGUCAAACUGAAAGAAUUGUUCGAAAGAGAGGGAAAGCACAGCAAGGCGAAAUCCAUCAGGGGAGUUCGUAACCUCUACAAGUCGUGUCUGAACCUAGAUCACAUCAACGAGAGGAUUUCCCAGCCCCUGGUGGAGCUGCUGGUGGCCGUGGGUGGCUGGCCGGUGCUCAGCAACAUCUCGGGUGGCAACUGGGACCCGAUCAAUUUCCAUUUUGAGAGAUUGUGGGCCCUUCUGGAUGGCAAAUACGGCGCUGAAAUGAUAGUCUCCUCGGAAGUCAAACCGGAUGAACGGAACUCAAAAAUUAACGUAUUAAAGAUUGAUCAACAAGGUCUUGGUCUUGAAAGAGAUUACUACCUAGACGCAGGGUUUGAAACGGAGAGAGCGGCAUAUCUACAGUACAUGGUAGACAUCAUUGUUGAGCUGGGCGGGGACGAUGCAACGGCCAGAUCAGAAAUGACCGCCGUGUUGGAGUUCGAAACAGCCUUGGCAAACAUGACUGUACCAGAGACCGAGAGGAGAGACCACGAGUCGUUGUAUAAUCUGUACACCCUGGAAGAACUGAACGAAGCCUUUCCCCAGAUCAAUUGGACACUGUGCCUUGAUCUCAUCAUGCCGGAUCAAGUCAAGCCCAUCUUACCGACGGAGCGCAUCAUCGUCAGGUCGCCUCUGUAUCUGGAAAAGCUCAACGAGUGGCUACCGCGGCAGGACAAGCGGGUGAUCGCCAACUAUAUGGUGUGGCGAUUGGUGAAGGAAAUGGUUGAAGUCCUCGGCAAGACCUUCAGUGAUGUUCGCCAGCGGUACCUGAAGGUGAUCGAGGGGACGUCCUCAGCGGCCCGCUGGGUGCGAUGCGUCAGCGACACCAUAGACGCGCUGCCCUUCGCCGUUGGGCGGAUGUACGUGGACGAAAACUUCCCUGCAAUCGCCAAAGAAAGGACAAUUGAGAUGAUCGGCAACUUGAAGACUGCAUUCAAGGCUAUGCUGGAGACCAACGAAUGGCUACAGGAGGCGGACAAGAGAGUGGCUGCGGAGAAGAUUGACAAAAUGCAAAUUGACGUGGGAUACCCAGAUUGGAUACUGGACGACGGAAAACUGGAUGAAGAAUACGAAGGGCUGAAUUUUGAUGCUGAAAACUUCUUCGAGAAUUCUCUUCUGUACCACCAGUGGGAAAGAGUGAGUGGUCUCGCGACAUUACGGGAGCCCGUGGACAGUGCAUAUUGGCCAUUAGGACCGGCUAGUGUCAACGCCUGGUUCGUCGCCCAACAGAACCGAAUUAUUUUCUUUGCCGGGAUUCUUCAGCCUCCUUUCUUCCACCAUGAUCUGCCAUGGUAUUCUAAUUUUGGUGGCAUUGGUAUGGUUAUCGGCCACGAAAUUACACAUGGAUUUGACGAUCGAGGGAGACAGUUUGACGGGGAUGGCAACCUGGUCAGCUGGUGGAGCGCAGAUUCGGUGGUCAAAUUCAAAGAGAGGAAGCAAUGCAUUGUGGACCAGUACGGGAGAUACGUCGCACCCGAGACCAACGAAAAUCUGAACGGAGUCCAGACACAGGGUGAAAAUAUCGCCGACAAUGGAGGCUUGAAAGAAUCGUACAAGGCCUACAUCGAUAACGUGUCCAAAGAACCAGCUCUACCGGGGUUGAACCUAAACGGAGACCAAAUGUUUUUCCUUUCAUUUGCUCAGUUGUGGUGUGGUGCCUAUCGGCCAGAACGUGUGACUUCACAAAUACUGAAAGGUAUACACAGUCUUCCCCGAUUCAGGGUCAUCGGUCCGUUGCAAAACAACGAAGACUUCGCCAAGGCGUUCAACUGCCCGUCGACAAGCUACAUGAACCCAUCGGACAAAUGCAAUGUCUGGUAGCCGCCGCCCGAGUCCAGACAUCACAUUUAAUUUCACUUUUUUUGUCCGUGUUUCUUUCAUUUUUCAUUUUUCUUUUUUUGAAGAAGUGUUGAUCAAAGUUUACGUCACUGUAGAAUACGUUUGGUCCAAAAAGUUUACACUUUUUUUCAGUCACUUAUCACCAUACACCACCAAGAUAUUGUAGUUGAGAAAUAUCUUGAUUUUAACAUGUCAUCCCAUUAUUUUUAGAAAUCUGCGUCUGGAAAAAUGUAAUAUUGUAUUUUUACCACCUUAUGUAGUACUACGACCCUAUCUGAUUUCAUUUGACGCAUUAUUCGAACCGUUCUCUGCUGGAAAAUAUUCAGCUUGCUUUCUGUAUAUAAACUCUGCUCAUAUCGGGCUUUGUUGUUAAGUAUUUUGUUCCAACAGUAUGUUUUAAUGUGAUAAUCAGACGAUGAUUGCUCAGAUGUUAUACUGGAUUUGCCACGACGCUGUUCACGGGACUUAAUUGUCUGUCAGAUGAUUUCUUGAAAAUAAUUUAGUUUUGAUUUUGAUUAUGUAUUGGUGAACUUUCCGUAUGAUGUAGAUUGGUUAAGUUGAGUUUUAGGAAGAGUAAGGAGGUUGUUUAAGUAAGCUAUUGAGAUGCACAAAAUGAUGUAGAGAUUAUUCGGUGUAUAUAGUUGGGGUUUUUUUCAUUUUUUUUUCAUCUUGUAUUGGAAGUGAGUUUUCAUGCAUUGCACCAUUAUGGCCGCGUUGCUGUUUCUCCAACAUAUUUGAUAAAAUUGUAAUUAUGCAUAAUGUUAGUAAUAGCAAACAUCAAUUUAGGCUUGCUAAUAUUGUUACCCAACUUAGGUCUGGACCGCUUGUAGAAAUUAGAUUUACCAGUUUAGCAAAAUUGGAACAAGGGUUCAACUUUAAACCAUCGUUACUCGACAGAUACUUCACAAACUUGUUUUGGUUGGUAAUUGUACCCUAGCUCUGUAAGCGUAAAAUUGUAACUCUGUAUAAAGCGUAAAACUGUUCUCGUCCUUGUCGUUUUCCUUUUUGGGAGGGGUACAAAAUGUAGUUAUCUGCUCAUGCCAUGGCACUUUUGUUAUAUUUUCAGUUAAAUAUUUCAACUCACGGUGCUGAAUGCAAAAUCUCGUAAAAUUACAAUUAGGGGCCUAAAAUGUAAAAAACUAACACUCAGUGUUUGACACAUUGACCUAGUUUUAGUGCAUAAACAAAUAUUAUAGGCCGUUAACUAAUGUUUAUUAUUGUGUAUCACUAGAUCCUUUUAUUACAUGUACAUUUCAAUUUAAAUUUGUGGUUUAAAUUAAAUUUGGGAUCAUGUAACUUGCGCGUUUGAUGACUGUCCAGACAUUAACAUGGUUUGAGCAUUACAAAUAAAUUAGCUGGUGACACACA